AUGCAGAGCUCUUAUACUUGGCGCGUCAUUGACAUGUCCAAAGCCAAUGCGACAGAGCUCCUAGAGACCAUGUGGUAUGCAAAAGACUAUACAAAUUGCAUCAAUAGCGUCUUGCUUGAUUGGAUCGAUCCUGAGAUGAUGUCAGCUAUGAUUGAAGAGCUCGACAUGCUGCCAAGUCUGAAGCAUCUUUCACUCGUUGGCAUCGGCAGUGAAGCACCGCAUUUUGUCGAGAAUCCAACAAGUCUCAAUUGGCAGAGUCCAAUGUCUGCCAUAUAUGAAUCACGCAGCAGAGGACGUCUGAGGAGUCUGGAAACAGUGUCUGUCCUUGGCGGUCCAGGCUUCCCUCCAGGUUUUAGCAGCUUGAUUGCAGAAGAAGUCCAAGCUGCGCUUGAAAACCUCAACAUCAAGAGUGAUAUCGUCUUUUGCACACAAGAUGAUACUGCAUUGCACGGCAAACGAAAUUUGCAAGAAGCACAUGAACGAAAGUGCUGCUCUUGCGGCGAGAGCGACGGCGGCUGCACACCUUGUCUCAAUAAGCGACUUUGCAAACACUGCGCUCGGUAUUGGUGUGCGAAAUGCCCAGUCAGCCUGGAGAUUGUCUGCUACGAAUGUGGACGAUUCUGCAAAGAUUGUUCAACUGAGAGCACGAUUCAGUGCAAGCAGUGCUCGUCCGCAUUCUGCCCACAGCAUACAUUUGCGAAUGAGAAGAGCGCUGCUGAGGGACGCAAGCGAGGCUUGUGCGACUGGUGCAUUGAAGGUGAGAAGACAAGGUCUCGUGAUCGAUGA